AUGAAGGCUGAAUUAGGAUGGCUGGCCUUUCUCCCCGUCUGUGUGGCCCUAGAUCUCUCUGAUUGGCCAGUCUUAUCUUUCAGCGAUGACAUUUCUAAUUUCUCAGAGUAAGCUUUCUCGAUUAUGUUUUUUUUAUAUGAACGUCAUAAAUGUUGUGAGCAUUAAGAAGCAUAGGCAUCAUGAAUACGCUUUGCAGCUAUAAAGUUGUUCGAAUAAAUCCGGGAACUGAAGAAUGCAUUUCUUUUCUGAGGACUCUUUAUUGGAAACUUCCCCAUUCCUCUUUGGAUUUCUGGCAACCCCCAACUUCCCUCAACCAAUUUGUAGACGUAUCUGUUUCGCCAAUGGUCUCCCAGCGAUUCUUCAACGAAUUAUAUUACCGUAAAAUAUCUUACAACAUCCUGAUACCAAAUCUGCAGCAGUAGGUUUACUCUGUUUUACUGUUAUCAAUCUGUCGGGAAAAUAGUGAGCGUCGCAUCAAAAAUCAUAUCGCCGCCGAGAAAACGAAUUGCGUCGCGGCAAAAUCAAGUUGCUUUUCACUUCAGCGACGCGAUGACAGACUGAUAUAUAGUUGAAACUGUUGCGUGAUCAAAAAAAACUUGUUUAGAGCGAUCGAGGAUGAACGAUCCAUUAACAAUGUCCAGAUGGACGCUCAUCAAAUCCAAUUCGAUAGGUAUAAUACCUUUGAUCAGAUCGAGAAUUAUUUAUUCGAUAUCCACCAGAAGUAUCCAAAUCUCGUUAAGCUCAGAGAAAUCGGAAAAAGUUACGAAAACAGAACGUUGUGGGUGGUCCAGGUAAAGUAUUUAUUGUUAGCCUAAUAAACACAAACUGCAGAUUGGGAAACCAAGCAGCGAACGGAAAGCAAAGUUAUGGAUCGAUGCCGGAAUCCAUGCCCGAGAAUGGAUAUCCCCAGCAGUCGCUUUAUCUUUCAUCAAUAAGCUUCUAAAUGGCUACGGAAAAGAAGAAGAAAUAACUCAAAUGCUGGAUCACAUGGAUUGGUACAUACUCCCAGUCAUGAAUCCCGAUGGCUAUGUUCAUACCUUUGCCAAAGUUGGUCUUAAAACAAAUAAAACAUACUUUAGAAUCGAAUGUGGCGCAAAAACCGAAGGCCCUCUUCUUGUUACAAGACAACAAUGUCGACGAUGUGUUGCGUGGGCGUCGACUUAAACCGUAACUUUAAUUGGUUCUGGGCGAGUAAGUGCCAAACAGAAUGUAAACCAUUCAUGUUCAGCCACUGGUUCAAGCAGUGAUCCCUGUCAUGACACGUACCACGGAACUGCCCCUUUUAGCGAAUCUGAAUCAAAAUCAGUCAAGGAAUUCCUGGAGAAUACAAAGGUGGACGGAUUCCUCUCCUUCCAUUCGUAUUCCCAACUCUGGCUGAUCCCUUACGGGCAUAAGAAGCGGACCUAUCCCGAGGAUUACUCCAGUGUGUUGAAGCCUUUGGCACUUCAGGCGACAAACGCUUUGAGCAAAUUGUACGGGACAAAAUAUAUCGCUGGUACGGGAGCUGAUCUCAUGUGUAGGUUGUGCCCUUUUAGUAAUGUACUGAUUCUUUAGAUGAAGCUUCUGGAGCCUCACAUGACUUUGCCAAGGGAAAUCUUCAGAUAAAGUAUGCCUAUCUGGUAGAACUGAGACCCCAGAACACCAUGUUUGCCAAUGGAUUCCUUCUACCCGAAAGAGAAAUCUUACCAACUUGCGACGAAACUUGGCAGGCUGUUAAAGUAGUCGCGUACUCUCUAUUAAACGACACGAGACUAGGUCAGUGUUAGUUUACGCUGGAAUAACGAAAAUUCCAGAACCAGAACACGGCUUCGGGCCGACCGGGCCUGCAAAAUUUUGAAACAGGCCGGGCCGCCCGCGGGCAGGGCCUGGUUUUUGCGGAGUCAGGACUUUUCGGCGCUACGGCGUUUCGGGUCAGGGACAACUCGGGUCGCGACAGGUCGGGUCAACGACAGAUCGGUUCAACAAUAUCGUUUAAUAUUUUCGCUUCGGGACUUGGGAAAAAAGAAUUUUUUUGAGAAUUUGAACAAGUUUUGAAAUGUUUUCGCUGCGGGAAAAGAAGAGAAAAAUUUUUUGUGAAGAAUCGACCUGAAUGUUACAAUUUUAUUUUACAGAGGAAGGUAAAAAUGUUAUUUUUGGAAUUUUUUAGGUAGUUGAUUUACGGGUAAUUGAGAUUUAUUUUUUCAUCAUUUUUAGAAAAUAGUGUUUAUAAGCGACGAGCAAAGGGUGGAGUAAGAAUAUGGUCGUAAUGAUUGUUUGCAAAUAACAAGUACAUCGCGAUUUUUCGCUCCAUUUCUUGUUUUUAGACAUGGGUUAUUUCACUGCUGACUGUUAGGAUAGGACGUAUCGUUUACAUAAACGUGAAAAUUUUGCUCAAACUCUCCAAAAAAUUCUUUUUUUCCUAGUCCCGAAUAGGGGGGUUCGGACGGGGUAUAUACCCGGGGUAUAUUCCCGGGUAUAUACCCAAAUACCCGAGAGGCCGGCGGGAAUUUUCGGGUAUUUAUGGGUAUAUUCAAAGUACUAUUGCAUUCAAAAAAUGUAAAAAAAAAAGUCGAGUUUUGUCAUAAAAAAUCAAUAAAUGUUGACAUUUUAUCAUAAUUUGUUUUUUGCCUCUCAAAACUUGGUUCUAGGUUGAAAUUUACUUGGCCGAAGUAGGAAAAUAAACGGAAAAAAAAUUCAAUCUGACUGCCAAAUAUUGGAUUGCUAAACUUUUUGAUUGUUAAAGUACUAGUUUUGUUUGUUGUCGUUGGGAAAAUAGAGAAUAUCACUCCAAACGUGAUUAGGUUAAUGAAUAACUUGCCACUUGUUCAUUAACGACUUCAUAUUGGUACUAUAUUGGACUAAUUUAGGCUAAUUUUAUAAAUACCCCGAAUAUACCCGAGAUUUCGGGUAUAUACCCGGCUAUAUACCCGCGUGGUGAAUAUACCCGAAUUUUCCGAACCCUAGUCCCGAAGCAAAAACAUUUCAAAAUUCCGUUCAAUUUUCAUAAAUUUUUUUUCCUGUCCCGACGCGAAAAAAUUAAACGUUAUCGUUGACCCGAAACGUCGUUGACCCGAACUGUCGCGACCCGAGCUGUCCCUGUCCCGAAAGGUCGGGACGCGAUAACAAAAUUUGGGUUUUUGCUUUUUUCCAAAUACGGAAACCUUUCAAGUAUCUUUUUGGCACAUCAUUUCUAGUACACUGAUGCAUAUUAGUGCAAAAUAUGACACAUUUCUAUUCACAACCCCAAAGGUUACGAUCAUUUUUAAAAUGCGGUUAUAAUUUUGACCCGCACUGUAGGUCCGGGUGGAUAUUAUCAACAAACCUGAAGUAUACCGGGGCCAUUUUUCCCAGGCACGUUGUCCAUCUGCUUCCUCCAUGACCAAUUUUGUGAAAACAUUGCAAAACUUUUUGCGCGGAGUAUAUCAGUCUGUCGGAAAAAUAACGGCGGAUCGUCGCAGCAAAAUGUCUCGCCUCGCCGCUAUCGCGCACCAAAUCCCAAGCCGCGGCUUGCAGUCGCAAAGCGAUGAUGGGCGAUUCCGAGGCGCGACGAUCCGCCGUUAUUUUCCCGACAGACUGAUACAUACUUCUCCCAAUCGUUUUAACCCUUAAACAUUGAUUGUAGAUUCACGAGUGCCUACUAAAACAACAACAGAUCUACCCUUCGCAGCUUCGACCAUAGUUACGUUCAUGACAAAGGGUCCAACUGUUUCGACCAAAGAAGUUGUAACCGAAGAAACAAUCGUUCCCAAUCGUAUAAUGCAAUGUGUAGACCACAGCAGAUAUUGUAAAUGGUGGAGAGUUCACCAUUUGUGCAACAAAGAACGGGUUAAGAAUCAAUGUCCAUUAAGUUGUUUGCCAGAAUGUAAAAUUUAA